CCGCGUACAAUGCGUUGCAUGUGUUCCGGGUAUUGGUGUUUACAAACGAUUUUACUCCUCCGCUCGCCUGUGUAUAUUUUCGAUUCGACACGAGGAAGCAUGGCCUGCUGCUGCUGCUACAUGCGAUGAGCUCGAACUGAGAGCCACACAUAUACCUCACACGGCAAACAUAUAUGCCUACUAGGUACGAAAAGGAGCACUCUGGUGUGCGCUGUAUAGAGAAGAGAUGGCGCGCGGCUAAUCGACGACUAUCGGUACGGUUCGAUUCGUUGGGUUGGUUGGAGGCCGGUCGUCGUGGAUUGAACCGAGUCGAAUUCAGUCGACGGUUGACAUUCGAGCGGAUAAGUUCGGGGUCCUGCUGGGACUAACACGGUUGGCUGUGCACAGGAGGAAUCAGGAAGAAAAGAAAGAACAGUGCUAGGUGGAAAGUGAAGUGAAAAUUCGAAGCAGGGAAACUAAGGACCUUGAUACUUCCCAAGCGAAAGUUCGGUGCAACGUUUGUAGGUGAAUACCGUGUAUCGAAGGGCAGCUAGGAAGUGGAAAAUUUCCACCUAAGUCGAUUCUAUUUGUAGUCUAAGAUCCCCAUAAACGAUGAGUAACAAUGGACCGGGGGUUACAAACCCCAUGCUGUACGACCCCCCGGAGGGUCAGGCCUCCAAUACCAAGUUGAUGCAGUUCGUAGCAGGCGUUGGAGUUUCCAUCGCCGCCAUCAGCGCGGGAACCGCCCUCGGAUGGACUUCGCCAGUUCUGCCGCAGCUGGCACUACCAGAAACGGGAAACGACUCCUCGACGGCGACGGUUGCCUCCAGCAGUAACAACACCGACGCCGGUUCGGGUUUCUAUCUCACAGCUGACCAAGGUACGAUUCCAAAAAAAAACUGUUAUCUCCUCCGAUGAGGAGAAUGGAAACCUAGCAAUCCAUAUCGAUCAUCAUUCCCAGUGAGGGUGGCCUCAACGCAGUAGGCGUUGAUUGCUUCGCUUAUCACAUGCUGAUUUUAUUGCCAUGAUGGUGGGACUAUUGAAAUUGGAAGCUCAUUGUGGGCUUCCAUUUUUUUUUAGUGUG